AUGAUCAGAAAUGCCUUAGACUCAGGUGGAGAUAUAGAGCUGAAAUAUGCCUCCAGGAAUGCAAUACGCUGUGCAGAUUACUUGGCAAUGAGAGCACAUCAAAAUGAUGAGAAGCGCAGCAGCAGCAGCAGUAGCAGGAGUAGUGGUGGUAGUAGUGGUAGUGGUAGUGGUAGUGGUAGUGGUAGUGGUAGUAGUGGUGGUAGUGGUGGUAGUGGUGGUCGUGGUGGUAGUGGUGGUGGUGGUGGUAGUGGUAGUCAUGAUGGUGGUGGUGGUGGUCGUGGUGGUGGUCGUAGUCGUGGUGGUCGUGGUGGUCGGGGUCGCAGCAGCAGCAGCAGUAGUAGUAGUUAA